CUCGCUUGUAACGGGUAAAGCAGGAGUGCUCUGCUGUCCCCUGCUGUUGGCUGAUACUCGGAGAAGCGCUCGCGCAGUAGGCGACUGCAGUUCCUGAGACCGAAUCAAACGGAACGGUGACCACGGCAAAAAUGUGACGAUGGGGAAAUGCUUGAUACCAAAUGACGGAUUAACGCAUCGGUAAUUUUCAGUCAGUAUAUUUAAAAAAUAACAAAACAAAAGAGAGGUAUGGUGAUGAAGAUGCUAAUGAUACGCCAGGAAUCGAGCGCGAGAACGUUGAUCGCUCUCAGAUGCUGAUGAUGGUCGCGCGACUUGCGUGAUUUCCUCCUCCUGUGGGCCUAUAUUCAUCGAGCACUCCACAGUAACACAGAAAGAUGCGAUUAGACUACCAAAACGAGAGGAAUGAUUUGAAGCCAGAAGUUAUAACGUCAGCAGGAAUGACAUAAUGCUUUCGACUGGUCCGCUAGCUCAACACUGGAGUGGAUUCAUUGGCUCAGCUGAAUGAUGGAUACAGAGAAUAAAUGAGCUUCCUGGUUUUGCAUCACCAUAUCUGAGUUCCAGCCAACCUGACAGAAUGAUUGAGGAAGGAAGUAAAAGCAGCAAGUCCAUGGUGGAGAAAAGACAGCUCUUCAUGGAGAUGAGGGCACAAAACUUUGAUGUGAUUCGUCUUUCAACAUACAGGACGGCAUGCAAGCUACGAUUUGUUCAGAAAAGAUGCAACCUUCACCUGGUGGAUGUGUGGAACAUGAUUGAAGCCUUUCGCGACAAUGGGCUGAGCACGUUAGACCUCAAUGCCGAGAUUAAUGUGUCACGCCUGGAGACCAUUUUGUCCUCCAUAUUCUACCAGCUCAACAAGCGGCUGCCCACCACUCACCAAAUAAACGUGGAGCAGUCCAUCGGCCUGCUGCUAAACUUCAUCGUGGCCACUUAUGACAGUGAAGGCCAUGGGAAACUCACCGUGUUUGCUAUGAAGGCUAUGCUAGCUACUAUGUGUGGCGGAAAAAUACUGGACAAAUUACGUUAUAUAUUUUCCCAGAUAUCAGACUCCAAUGGGGUGAUGGUCUUUGCCAAGUUUGACCAGUUCCUGAGGGAGGUGCUGAAGCUCCCCACAGCAGUGUUCGAGGGCCCUUCAUUUGGCUACACUGAACACUCUGUGAGAACAUGCUUCCCUCAGCAGAAGAAGAUCUUGCUGAAUACAUUUUUGGAUGUGUUGAUGGCAGAUCCGCCCCCGCAGUACCUCGUAUGGCUACCUCUCAUGCACCGACUCGCUAAUGUAGAGAAUGUCUUCCAUCCAGUGGAAUGUUCCUACUGCCGGAGCGAGAGCAUGAUGGGUUUCCGGUAUCGCUGCCAGCAGUGCCAUGGCUACCAGCUUUGCCAAAGCUGUUUCUGGCGUGGUCAUGCUAGCGGUCCCCAUAGCAACCAGCACCAGAUGAAGGAACACUCCUCAUGGAAGUCUCCAGCAAAGAAGCUAAGCCAUGCCAUCAGUAAGUCUCUGGGCUGUAUGCCGAUAGGAGAGCCCCCUCAUCCUGUUUUCCCAGAGGCCGCUGAAAGACAUCAAGACCUUGCGCACACUACUCAGCAGAGGCCAGUAGCCAACAACAUGAAUGAUACCAUAGUCAUUUCCUCUGGCACGCCCACACCUUCAAAAAGUAGCACUCUUGAGAGUCCCAGCAGACUGGAUGAAGAGCAUCGUCUUAUCGCUCGAUAUGCUGCUCGUCUGGCGGCAGAGGCAAGCAACUCCACUCAAUGCCCUCCAACAGAUCUGAGUUUCAACUUUGAUGCUAAUAAGCAGCAGAGGCAGCUCAUUGCAGAGUUAGAAAACAAAAAUAGGGAAAUACUGCAGGAAAUCCAGCGUCUACGUCUAGAGCAUGAGCAGGCUUCUCAACCCACCCCAGAGAAAGCCCAGCAGAACCCCACUCUACUGGCAGAACUUCGACUGCUACGGCACAGAAAGGAUGAGCUGGAGAGGCGUAUGUCAGCACUUCAAGAGAGCAGGAGAGAACUGAUGGUACAACUUGAAGGUCUAAUGAGGCUACUUAAGGAUGAAGAGCAGAAACAGGCAGCUCAGACGGGGGGUUCGCCCCACUCCUCUCCCAGCCACAGUGCCAGUUGCACCAUGCCUAUGCCCAUCCGCUCCACCUCAGCCGGCUCAACCCCCACACACACGCCGCAGGACUGCCUGGCAGGGGUUGGAGAUGAUGUGCUGGAUGCCUUCUCUCAGGGUGUACCAAGAAAUCUCCGUAACGAUCUUUUGGUGGCUGCAGACUCCAUCACAAAUACGAUGUCGUCACUAGUGAAAGAACUUCACUCAGUGGAUGACAGGCUGGAGGAAGAGGAGGAGAACAUGCGAAAUGGAAGAGAGAAGGUAUCAUCACUGAAGCAUCCUGGGAAAAGGCACUUCACUCCUUCAUUCUAGACACCUGGAUGUGACUGGAUGGAACCAGCAACAGCAGAACAUCCGUUCUGGCAUUAGCACAUAGACCAAUGCAUGCUCUUCCCCAACUGGGUUUCACUAUGUGAAGCAAACUCUUCAUCACACCUUGCACAGGGCAAGAUGUAUUUAUUAGGAAGUAUAUAUAUAUAUAUAUAUAUAUAUAUAUAUAUAUAUAUAUAUAUAGCUCUAUAUGUCUCUGUAUAAAUCCAUUGUUAAUAUGUUAAUCAUGACCUUAAGAGAAUGGCUUGUUUGUGCUUUCUUACACAAAAAAAAAAAGAACUUUAUGAAUUAGUGAAUUACUAAUCUCAAAAAACGAUCGCACUGUGCAUCUUUCAUGACGUCACUGGGAUCAUCGAGUUGAUCCAUGCUGUAGCUAUUUUUCACAGAUGUUUACUACACAGGAAGCUUUUUUGUAUGACUAGUGAUGAUUAUUUGUGUUUGAGUUUUAAUGCAUGGAGUGGCUCUUCUGGUUAAGCCGGGUGCACACUGUGCAAUUAUUUUAUUUUUUUGUCUGUCCAUUAUGAUUUUUGCUUGUUACGUUGUACGAUAAGACCCAGGUAAGAUUUUGCAUAAAAACCAUGGGCAAGACUUAGCAGGUGCAACAUCAUCGGUAGUUUAAGGCAGACUGUACAAUAUACAUUUUGGGACUUUGAACCCAAUUAAAAGCAUUGAAUAAUGAUCAACCGUGUCACGUUUAGACAUCUUCAUUGAUACGCAAAAUUGGAAAAGUACCGCAAACAAGCAUUAAACACUAAAUCUUUAUUAGUCGGCCAUCGUAAAACAUCACAAAGCAGUCAUAGUGUGCUUGCGUCGAAAGCACCUGUAUGUGCUUGUGGUCAAAAGAAUGCUCGACCAUGCGUGAGACGUAAUGGCACGCAGAAAAAUUCAUUACACUCUAGCCUUUAGACAUUUCGAUCCUCGUCCGAGUCCUCACUUUGGUGAUGUAAUGCAACAUGGACUGUUGAAUAGUAGUCCGCUGUGAAGUCCAAAUCAGUCCAAGUCAGCAAGUCCAUAUGAAGUGUGCCAUAUGGGACAGGGCCAAAGUCUCCUGAUUUUUGCCCUACGACACAUAAAAUCUUUUUUCAAAUUCCGAAAUGUGCUAAUUUUGCUAAAUUGUGGACUGAAUUGUAAUGUGCACCGGGCUUUAGGUGGAGAAGGCUUGUAUUUGCUCUGCAUGUGAAGUUAAUUCUGACCAACGUUAGUGAUGCUUGCCACGUCCUCUCAUCAUCUAGCAUCAUCCUUUAAAAUGCUGCUUCUUCUGCACUACAUGCAUCGGAACCACCAUAUAUCAGGGAUGUCUUGUAGAGCUUGCUGUUUGUCUGAGAUUUCUGCUACUGUGUUACUGUACGUUUAGCCCGUCAUUGUGAAUGUUGUUUUAGAGCUUUAGUAUUUCCUCUUAGUUAGAUUAUCGCAUUUGUAUCUAUAAAGUUCACAAUCUCCAAGGGACUUUGUAAAUGUGGAUAUACUGUACAGUAACCCCAAAAGUUAUCUGAAUGCUUAAAGUAAUAGUUCACCCAAAAAUUUAAAUUCUCUCAUCAUUUACUCACCAUCCCAGAUGCGUAUGACUUUCUUUCUACUGCAGAAAUCAAACAAAGAUUUUUAGA